CAGCCCUGAUACUCUAGAAAGAGCUACGCACCUGUGGGCAAAGUCAUCUUAAGCUGACUCAGCUGCCAAAGUAAAAACUGCACACAGUGUAAGGCGUAACGCUGGCCACCACAUUACAAAAAUAGCCAACUGCGGGACCCUAAAAGCUAACCGUGGCAUAAAACAAUUUACUGUAAGUCGCCACACAAACACCAAUGGCCCGCGCUUAGGAUAUUGGGGGACAGGGCAAUAAAGAUGCUGUCCUCCCACCCACGUUCUGAACCAAUUUGAAAAUUUAAAACAAAGGAGUAAGGCAGAGAGAGGCUACCCCUCAUCUUGAUUACCGAUAAAGCGGACAUUGGAGAUGUGCCUUCCGUUGGUGAGCAGGUGGGCAUCACCGUACUAAACCCAGCAUCAGAAGCUCUCCCAGCAGCAGGGUGAACGGGGCAGCCUUCCCCUCACAGGAGCGGAGUUGGCAUAUGUGACACUUAGGACAUCAAGAAGAACAGCAAAACGUGUGCUACUUGUGGGCAGUUCUCUGCCGAAAGAGCCAGAGUGGGGCCAGAUUACACGUACCCAGUUUUCCCUUCUACCCUUGUCGAUCAAAUUCCCGAUUUCUGCCCCAAAGAGAAGUCCGUGUGUGGGGUCAAAGAGACCAGAAGCUCCUGGAACCCCACCAGGACAAAACACGGACAAAAACAAUGAGGAGCUAGGAAGAAAUUCCCCACGCACAGCCCCGGCCUCGGCCCCAACAGCUCCUUCCUGACAUAAUAAUAGGAGAGCAGAUAUUCGCUGACCAAUGGAAGUCAUACUUAAUUCUGAUGGCUUCAUGCACCUUUGAACAAUUGACAGCCAUCUCAUAGCCUGACCUGCUCUUCUAGAGUCUGCAUGUGCUGAGUGCCCUCUAAGCACCCUGGACUGUGAUAGGCCCGAAGAGAUUACAAAGAAGCAAAUAGCUGGAUUCAGCCCUCAUCCUCUGUAGUGGGUGGGUGGGGACAAUAUUUAUGUUAAUGAAAUUUCGAGACUACUUGUUAACUCAUAGUCACCAGACGAAAUUAGAGGCGAACAUCUAUGAACUAAAGAACCAUAUUGGCCUUCAAAGAGCCUUCAGCAGGAUUCUGGUUUUCGAGGACCCUUCUAGAACGCAGAGGCGAUCUGAAGAAAAAGUGCGUUUCCUUCCUCGAUGUGUCCUUUUUCAUGAAGAGAGAGAGGGUAUGUCAUAAAAGACUAACUUGGAGGAAAAUGACCUCAUGGGCUCGCAAUUAAGCUGUUUCCCUUUGCAUCUUGGUGGAAGAACGCCAUCGGCACACGGCAGGUCUGUUUAAGGAAGUAUAUGUGUAUGAAUUAGGAAGGGUGGGGUUGACCUACACAGGCAGGACAUUACUCUCCUUCCUCUUCCUGACCACGUUUCCCACAGUAGUCAUGGUCAUUGCUCAACUUCCUGUUGGGGAAAACCUUGGCUAUGGAGCGUCCACCUGCUCCAGUGGGCAAACUAAGGACAGCUAAGUGUUCGCUGCUGCUGGGAAACCUGAGUUUUGAGCUUGCCUACAGACCCCUUUUCUGUAGUAUUCGAAGCAAAGAUGGAGCCCUUCUGCGUGAGGCAGAAGGGACCGGAAAUGGCAGCCUUGACAAACCAUCACCGCCUGGAGUAAAACAUGGCAGCCUGAAAUGUGGGGAUUCGGAGGGGCCUGGGGCACAGAUAAAACAAGGGGAUGUCCUAAGGUGGAGGCUUCAGCCAGGGUAGCGUUGGCAGAAGUGGCGAGCAAGAGGUGGAUGGGAGGAUGGGGGCAUUGGGCCGCUGGCCAUGGGGAACACCUCUGGGCCCUUGGCCACAGGGCUGAUGCUCUUCAUCCAGCAAACCGUGUGCUGGCUGCAACACUGCGCUGGGCACCACGAUAGUAAAGUCGUGGCCCCUGGCUUCCAGAAGCCCACAGUCUGGUCAGUUGGUUUCGUACCCUCCUCAGCUGGAUUCCAGGUUGGUAAGGGAAGAAAGUGUGUUGGGUGGGGGGGGCCUAGAGGAAACACAGCUCCCAGCACUGUCUUAGACCUAGUGGGCAAGCCCUGGGAAUCUGCAUUUUAUGCAGAGGUACUGAUGCUCGGUGAGGUUUGGGGGUAGUGGGCUGCAUGGACAGAGUAAGUAGAGUGUGGCAGGCGCUGUGCUCGUGGGCCCUGGGAACCUUGAGAGCACGAAGGAGGCAGAGCUAUGGGGACGGUUCAGGUGUGAGGCUCAGGGAAUUUUAUUCGAACAGUUGGUUCCAUUUACCUACUUUUUUGCCUUUAUAUCACCUCCGGGGGCUGGUAACAGCAGCUGUGCAGUUCUCACUGUCUGAAUUUCAGCAUCUCACUGUGCUUCAGGCUCUGGCCAUCCAUCCUGUGCCUCUCAUCUUCCUUGGACUUCUGAUUCGCCCACCAGGGACCGAUGACUGUUGUUCACGGGGAUCUCAGAUACGGGGCAGCAGCAAUGAUCGAAGCCUCUGAGGACAGUUCCAUUUGGAGAAUGUUAGUUCUUUGUCGUCUUCACAGCAGAUCUUUUGCUUUUUCAGCAUCGCUGUGUUCUCUCUGCCACCCCACCCCAAGGACAGGGCCGAGGUGGCUUCUGCUUGUCUUGAUAGAGCCUCCCCUGGAAUCCCUCCUAUGCUUCAUCCCCAGCCCACUCAGUCUCCCGCAGCCGGACACAGAGUUCCUAAACAAAAUGAUUCAAGGCUCCCACCUCCUGGUCCUGUCCCCUGAUAGGGGACCCUGGACCAUCCCUCAGGUUCCUGCUUCAUCCCCCACCUCCAAGCCGGAAUCAGACCCCAGGCUUGAGCACCUGGUUCCCCUGCUGUCCUUCCUGGAUGCCACUCUAUGCCCACAGGCAGUAUCCCCUGCAAAGGCAUUUUCAGCCUGUCCUUGUGACAUUGGAGGUCAUGGGAACUAAAAGACUGUUGAAGGCCUCUUUGGCCUUUCCCUACAGGGCAAGUAGCAUCACACCCUGAGCAGCUCUCUGCUGACCCCGUCAGAGCCCAGCUCAGCCCUCUGUGGCAGAAGGCGUGCUCCAAGGCAGAGGGAGUCCCCACUCUGGGGUGCAUCACGAGGAGAAAUAGGACCCAUAGCUCUCAUCAAAUGCUGCCCCCUGUAAUCACACACUGUGCCCCAGCUUCCUGACUGAACCCCACCUUGAGGUUGGGAUGAGGUGGGACAAGGGCCAACAGCUUCCUACCCUCGUACCAUUUCAAGUCCCUAUCCCCCAGUUCUAUCUUCCCUCCAUCUUCACUGAUACUAAAGUUUUUUCUAAAUUUGGGAAAUGUCAAAAUAAUGAGCAAAUGAGGGAAAUUUCAACUAAAUGAAUAUGUAAAGUGUGUAUCCUCAAAACUGCUGUUUUUUAGUAAACUGUAGGCAUUUUUUUUUAUUGUGAAGAAUAUGGAGGGAUUUGGGGGAUUUGCCUUUUGCAAAAAACAGUCUACAUCUUGUUUAAUAAAGUGAAAGUGAGAAGGGAGGGAAAAAAAGUGAAUUCAGGCGUGGACAUGGAUCAUGGGUAUGAGCCACUGAAGUCAUAAGACAGUGAAUACUAUCAAAGCCUCUUAGGCUAGCUACAAUUAAUUCAAUUUUAGAACCACCCAGGGUGAAUGAACAUACCGUCCAGAGACACUCAAGGGAUUCUAGAACUUUCUACCAUUUGCCCCUCCCACAACUUUAAUGCCAUCCUUGCUCUCCAACUAAUGUGCACCUGGCAUCUUGACCAGUAGGGGGCAUAAGUGAGCAAUGUACUAAAUGAGUGGCGCUCAGGUCCCACCUCCUGGGUAGGAGGCAGCUCCAGCCAGCUCACCAGGAGAGAGAGGAGAAUGAAGCCAUUGGAAUCAAUUCAUUUUUAAAAAGCUUUUGAGAGUUUACAUGAUUGUGAAUUUUUAUUAAAUUCCCUUAAUCAACUUUCCUCAGCCACAAAAGCUGAUACAAUUCUGUGAGUUGGACACUCAGAACACUAGAAAUGUUUUUCAUAGAUUGUGAAAGAAUUCUGUUGAUAAAGAAGAAGGGUUCUCUCUGGAAAAGCAAUUGCCCCAAAGCUGUUCCAGUUCAGAAGAGAAAUGGGAUGGGAAAGGAGAAAUAGGUACGUAAGUACCUGACUUCCACCUCCACCCCAGCACACACAUCGUCUUUCUUUAAAUGUUAAAAAAUGAGGCUUGUUUAAGUGAAAAGGGAGGAUUUGAAAACAUGUUCCCUCAAGGAAAGAAGGCACUUCUGAAGUCCUGACCAUCCCCUCCUAUUGAUUGGCUCUAUUCAUAUCCCUCGGCUUUAUUUUUGCAUUGUCUGCUCUUCUCAUCCCAUCUCCCAAACUUUCCAAGGGCCUCCUGAGGGAGGGCAAACAACACAAGCCAGGGAGAAUGUGGGUGGAGGACACAGGCAGCAGAACUGCCCGGACCUGUCUGCCUUGGGUGUAGCAUCAUCCUGCCCCAGAUGGACACGGUUCUCCCGAUGGUGGCAGCCUGACAGGGCUGUCCACCCCUCCCCGUCACCCAGCAGGGCCGCAGCUGCCCGGGGAGCAUGCUGUCCACAACCAUGGUGGGGACCCUGAUACGGGGGUGGAGGAAUCGAAGUGCCCCUCGAAGGCCUGAAUCCAAACUCCUUACUCCACGGAGCCAAGAUGGACCUCCGACUCAGGAUGUGCAGCCGUUGGGUCCUGAAGUGCCGUCAGCUGUAACAGAAACUCCAGAUCGCAAGACCAUAAGCAGGCAGCCCCGCUCCCAGGAACUGAAGGCCAUGGAGCUCUCGGACAGCGACCGCCCCGUCAGCUUCGGCUCCACGUCGUCCUCGGCCUCUUCCCGCGACAGCCACGGUUCCUUCGGCAGCAGAAUGACCUUAGUCUCAAACAGCCACUUGGGCUUGUUUCACCAAGAUAAGGAAGCCGGGGCCAUAAAACUGGAGCUGAUACCAGCCCGGCCGUUUUCCAGCAGCGAGCUGCAACGGGACGGCCCGGCUGGGCCACAGAACGUGGACGAAGGCGGCCACAUUCAGCCCCGGGCCCAGCGGAGAAUGGAAGCAAACGGGCCGGGCAGACCGGGUGCAGAGCCGGCCACCAGCCCCAAGCUCCUCUAUGUGGAUAGAGUCGUUCAGGAGAUCCUGGAGACUGAAAGGACUUACGUGCAGGACUUAAAAAGCAUCGUAGAGGAUUACCUUGACUGCAUCAGGGACCAAACAAAACUUCCUCUGGGGACAGAAGAAAGAUCAGCCCUCUUUGGAAACAUACAGGAUAUCUACCACUUCAAUAGUGAACUUCUACAAGAUUUGGAAAACUGUGAAAAUGAUCCUGUGGCCAUAGCAGAAUGUUUUGUGUCCAAGAGUGAAGAGUUCCACAUUUACACGCAGUACUGCACCAACUAUCCAAGGUCAGUAGCUGUGCUUACAGAGUGCAUGCAGAACAAGAUGCUGGCCAAAUUCUUCAGGGAACGUCAGGAAGCUUUGAAACACUCACUGCCUCUGGGGUCCUAUCUCUUGAAACCAGUUCAGCGGAUUCUCAAAUAUCAUCUCCUUUUGCAUGAAAUAGAAAAUCACCUUGACAAGGACACAGAAGGCUACGAUGUGGUGCUUGAUGCUAUCGACACGAUGCAGCGAGUGGCCUGGCACAUCAACGACAUGAAGAGGAAGCACGAGCACGCGGUCCGGUUGCAGGAGAUACAGAGUCUGCUAACUAACUGGAAGGGGCCAGACCUGACCAGCUACGGGGAACUGGUGCUGGAGGGCACCUUUCGCAUCCAGCGGGCCAAGAACGAGCGCACGCUCUUCCUCUUUGACAAGCUGUUGCUCAUCACGAGGAAGCGGGACGACACGUUUACGUACAAAGCCCACAUCCUGUGUGGCAACCUCAUGCUUGUGGAAGUGAUACCGAAGGAGCCGCUCAGCUUCACCGUCUUCCACUAUAAGAACCCAAAGCUGCAGCACACAGUGCAGGCUAAGUCCCAGCAGGACAAACGCCUGUGGGUUCUGCACCUGAAGAGACUGAUCCUGGAGAACCACGCGGCCAAGAUUCCGGCUAAGGCCAAGCAAGCAAUACUUGAAAUGGAUGCCAUUCAUUACCCUGGCUUCUGUUACAGUCCCGAGGGAGAGACGAAAGCGUUGUGCACUUCUAAAGACGGUUCGGCUCCAUAUCGGCUUAGAAGAAAAUCUGAACCUUCCUCAAGAUCACAUAAAGUUUUGAAGACCAGUGAAACAGCACAAGACAUCCAAAAGGUUUCCAGAGGGGAUGGGUCUCCCCAGCGGACCUCAACGGGGCCAUCUCCCGCCCAGAGGAACAGCCAGCCGAGCAGUUCUGCCAUUAUCAGCGUGCUUCACGGGGGUGGAGCCAUCAGAAACAUCUGGACGGACCACCAGAUCAGACAAGCCUUGUUUCCGAGUCGUCGGUCCCCUCAGGAGAACGAGGAUGACGAAGACGAUUAUCAGAUGUUUGUACCAUCCUUCUCUUCCUCAGAUCUGAACUCUACCAGACUGUGUGAAGAUAGCUCUUCCAGUCGCCCUUGCAGUUGGCACAUGGGACAGAUUGAGCCCACAGAGACCACCAGCUCUGGCCACCGGGUGGUCAGGCGGGCCAGCAGCGCUGGCGAGAGCAACACAUGCGCUCCUGAGAUAAGAAUCAGGGACAGUGGUGGCUCUCAGUACAGCUCCCGACGGGAACUGCAGAGCGACCCUAAAACAGAAGGGCAGGACGGAAUGACUCCCUUUGGGUCAUCUAUAGAGUUGACUCUUGACGAUAUAGACCACGUCUAUGAUAACAUAAGUUAUGAGGACCUAAAACUAAUGGUUGCUAAACGGGAAGAAGCUGAAUCCACACCCCCCAAAACAGCCAGGGACUCUGUUCGCCCCAAGAGCACGCCAGAGCUCGCUUUCUCAAAGAGGCAGCCUGGCCCGGAGAAGAGCUCUCUGCACUCAGAGCGGGAUGGAGCUCUUACAGGUCGCCAAGCAUCAAACCAAAGCACACAUGAAUUCCAGAUGGUUGAGGAAAACAUCUAUGACACCAUCGGGCUCCCAGAUCCUCCCUCCCUGGAUUUCAAAUGCAGCAGCCUGAAGCGUCCCAGGAGGAGCACCUUCUUAGGUCUGGAAGCCGACUUCGCCUGCUGUGACAGUCUGAGGCCCUUUGUUUCCCAGGAUAGCCUCCAGUUCAGUGAGGACGAAACUCCUUACCCCCAGGGACCCUCCGAUAAUGAUUAUUUGAGUUUGCUCUAUAACUCUUUCAGCUGUAACCUGUCUAUAGGUGAUAAAUCUGUAUCUGACAAACUGUCUGAAGAAGUAGACGAAAUCUGGAAUGACCUGGAAAAUUACAUCAAGAAAAACGAAGUCAAAGCUAGAGACCGGCUCCUCGCAGCCUUUCCUGUCAGCCAAGAUGACGUGCCAGACAGGUUGCACUCCGAGAGCACCCCCGAGCUGGGCAGAGACGCGGCACAUUCCGUGUCUACACUUUCGCUUCCUGAGGGUCAUUCUUUCCUCACGCCACUGAAAGACAAGCCUGGCCGAGCUAGCCGGACCAACUGCCCAUUUGAAGAGGACCUGAUUUCUAAAGAAGGCUCCUUUAUGAGUCUUCACCGGCUGUCUCUGGCCAGUGAACCACCUCCCAUGGAAAACCCCUACGACUUGGCCAACAGCAGUCUAUCCCAAACAGACUUGGAAAACCCUGACCCGGGGAUGGAUGCCACAGAUAAGACAAAAAGCAGGGUUUUUAUGAUGGCCAGGCAGUACAGUCAGAAGAUCAAGAAGGCAAAUCAGCUUUUAAAAGUGAGAAGCCCAGAGUUGGAGCAGCCACUGGCCAGCCAGCAGCAUAAAUCCACACACAAAGACCUGGCAGCCAUCUUGGAAGAAAAGAAGCAAGGGGGUCCUGCCAUUGGUGCCAGGAUUGCUGAGUAUUCCCAACUGUACGACCAGAUUGUAUUCAGAGAGACUCCCUUCAAGGCUCAGAAGGAUGGCUGGGCCAGCCCUCAAGAACCCUCCUACAACCUCAGGUCCACAUCACCUUCCCAGGCCCAGCAGAGCAGCGAGGAUUGGCUCUUGCAUUCAACCUACAGCAAUGGAGAGUUAGUGGAUUUCUGUCCCCGGCCAGAGCCAGACUUGACGUCGAAACAUCCUCCUCUAGAGAUUAAUACAAAAAGCAUUCCGAGACAGCUGUCCACGGCUUGCUCUGUGCCUUCUCUUCAAACUUCCGACCCUCUGCUGGGCUCCUUGCAGAGACACAGCGUGAUAGUCCGUCAGCCCAACAAAGAGGACUCUUUCCAGGGCCACCUUUACAACUCUUUGGGUCGGAAAGGCCUCAGUGCUAAAUGUCAGCCUUAUAGCAGGUCCCAGUCCUCUUCCUCCAUCUUGAUCAACAAGUCAGGGGACUCCAUCAACUACCCUGGGGAGAUGGGAAAGAAACAGCUGCUGUCUUUACACAAAAGUUCGAGGUGCGAGAGUCAGCAGGACUUGCUGCCAGGUACGGCUGACUCAUGUCAGCAGGGCCCUGAAAAACGCUCAGAUCUCACGCUCCGAGACUCACAGAAGGUUCUGGUAGUAAAUCGAAAUUUACCCUUAAAUGCCCAAAUAGCGACCCAGAACUACUUUUCCAAUUUCAAAGAGACUGAAGGAGACGAAGACGACUAUGUGGAAAUCAAGUCAGAAGAAGACGAGUCAGAGGUAGAGCUCUCCCACGGCCGGAGGAGGAAAUCUGACCCGAGGGUUCCGGAGGCCGACGGUUCGGAGAGCGCCGGCAGCAACACCCCCUCUUACUCUGUGAGUAGCCCGUGCACUCCGAAAAAGCCAGUAAGCGACAAGCUUGCCAUGUCCCCCUAUCUGAUGUCGUACAGCGAUUCGGACAACCUGAAUGACUAUCUCUGGAGGGGGCCAUCUCCCAACCAGCAAAACAUCGUCCAGUCGCUGAGGGAAAAAUUUCAGUGUCUCAGUUCAAGCAGCUUUGCCUGAAUUCUUCAUAGAAGCCGCUUGAGUCAACGUGGCCUGAUGCUCAGAAGGACAGACACCGACAGGUGUUUUCUAUGUACCAGAUUCCAACAAUUUUGUAAUAACCGGGAGUGUCAACCAUGCUUGCUUUUACAGUACAACUUUCCGAAGCGGCUGCCUGGCCGGCCGGGAUUGUACUGUCCGGCCAGUGCCGGGGUGCUGACUGUCUUCGUGUUUCAUGUAAGUCAAUCUUACUUGAAAAUUUUUAGGCUUUUUUUUUUUUUUCCAACAUCAUGGCCAUGAUAUUUUCUCCUGUAUCCUGGCAAUCGUGCUCAGAGUCUAAGAAACGCAGUAGUCCUCUCCUAUCAUCCAGAAGCCGCGAGUAGUUUGAUUCUAGGACUCAAAGGCAGCAAGGAGGCUUUUCCACAUGUUUUAAAAAGGAAGGGAAACGAAAGCUGUUUAAAGGAUCAUGCUUAGGAUACCUGGCAUUUUGGUUAACAUUCGGGACAAGACCCUAGAAUAACUUACGCUAGAGAUCUGAAAUUGGAGUGUAAGUGCACACUGCCCAUCUCACUGUGCCUCGGUUACUCCUACAGCAGUUCACUCGCUUGUAGAAAUCGGGUAGCUCUGGGACAUUAGAAAGGAGCAAGACUGAUUCUCUAUAAGCAAAGAGUCUCACCUGUAUUCUUGGACGCGUUCUGGAGAAUGGGCUGCUUAUCAUGUUUAUUUUUGAUUGCUGGAGUAAAAUGAUUUCCUCCAGGGCUGAAAGGAAACUACGAGCAAGAAAAUGCAAAUUGACUUCACUGUUAGAAAGGAUGGGGACAACUUGGUGAUCUCCUCACAUUACAGUGGAGGGCGGGGGUGGAAAUAGGACUUUGUGCAAUUUUUCCGUGCAUAUCUCUAAUCAACACAAAGUAAACCAUGAGCUAAAAUAAAACACUCUAGGGCCACCCUUUCCAGGGCAGUUUUUCAUGUGUCCUUUCCCAAGUUUUGUACCUCAGCCAAAUGACCUGAUCCCAGCCUUGAGGAUUUCAUUGGCUGCAAUGAAAUUUAUUUUCUAAACUCAACAUAACAUGGGGGCCUUUUCUUAUUGUUUUGAGGCACAUGAAAGAAAAGAAUCUUUGGUUACUAAGCUCUGACUAAUGCCAUCUUUGAUGUUGUUGUUAUGGUCUUCAAGUAGUGGUCCAUUGUGAUAAUCAUGGACUAAUCUAAGGCUUUAUGGAAGGAAACAGAAAAUCAAAAGCAAGGCCUUGUGAGUAAAAAGCAAAAAUCAAAGAAGUGGAAGGGAAAAGUGAAGGCCGAUCUGUUGCUAUUUUAUAAAGAUGUUGUAUUUUAUGGAGGACUCCAGUCAAUGCAACAAAGAUGUUUUCUCAAAAAAGAAUGUUGUAUUCUCCUUUCAAGCAAUUUUACAUUCUGGAACCCCUUCCCCAGUGGGCUCAGUUUUCUUUCUAUCUGUGUAGGAAAGGGGAUCCGGGCUUUCUAUUUGAAGGCAAUCUCAGAUACUGAUUUCAGUCUGUGACAUCUAACCAUAAUUCUCCUAUGCCUCUCUUUCUUAACCAUGAAACAUCAGAUAUGACUGUCCUUAUUUUACAAACAGGUACCUACGACACUCAUUUUUCCUUUUAAAUAACAGAAAAUAACCCAAGUUUUUUGUUUCUCUAUACUAUUCUUCUCAUAGCUUACAAAACCAAGUCCAUGUUGAAUGGCAUGGUUCUAGAAACAUUCCUGCUUUCACUGCCUUUCUUUUAAACUUGAUACAAGUUUUCAAGAGUAAGAGUAUCAGAAAAGACAAGCCCCGUAGGAAAGUAUGUUCUUAGACUUGCUAGAGGUAUUCCCAAGUGGGUUUGCAAAACAAAGUUACCUGAUUCUUCUUGUCCUAAGAAUGCAGUUUCCUAUUUUUGCCUUUCAGUUGGUCUGACCCCCAAUUCUGUAUUGUCCAUAUAUUACUGUGGUGUCUUACUCUCAGAAAUUAUUAAUUCUUCGCACCAGUGUCUCAUGGCAUGACUUGGAUGUCGCCUAUAGGAACACAGCCUGCUGUACGAAGGUGGUUGUCUCGCUGUGUAAAAGUCUGUGCGGUUGUCUUUAGGCUCUAGGACAAGUCUUUAGCUUUAUAGACCACUUCCGUCCGCCAGGAUGCAGAUUUUGAGAGCUGUGUGUAUAUGUAUAAUCAUGUUUGUAUUUUUUUCUCAAAGUUACCAAUUAAAUGCUUUUGUUUAAGAUAGUCUCUUUUGGAGGUGGGGUAAGAUUGUAUAUAAUUGGGGGGAAAGUUAUAUGUACUUCAAAUUAUGUCAAGUUCUUAUUAGGUCUCUGUACUGAAGGUUCAAUUUUUUUUUUAAAGUUCACUUUUCACCUACUCUUUGUGCAAAAAAAAAAUGCAUCUAGGAAAAGAUAGUUUAAAUAUUGUAUAUAAGAUAAUGAAAGUUAGUAAUGCUCAUUAUUUAAUAAAGUUUGUAAAGUACAAAGUAAA